CACACAUUUCCCUCUCUCCUUUUGCAUUCGGCCAUUUCCUGUUGGACCGCAAUAAGACAUAAUGGGUAUCGACAUCAGAAAGCACCACGAGAAGAAGCGUGCUCGCGCCGCUCCCAAGUCUGACAACGUCUACUUGCGCCUGCUCGUCAAGCUCUACCGCUUCCUUGCUCGCCGUACCGAGUCCAACUUCAACAAGGUCGUUCUCAAGCGUCUCUUUAUGUCGCGUGUCAACCGUCCUCCCGUCUCCCUCUCUGGUCUCGCUCGCUUCACCGCCGGCAAGGAGGACAAGAUCGCUGUCGUUGUUGGAACCAUCACCGACGACAACCGCUUGCUCGAGGUCCCCAAGGUCACCGUUGCCGCUCUCCGUGUCACUGAAACCGCUCGUGCCCGUAUUCUGGCUGCUGGUGGCGAGAUCCUCACCUUCGAUCAGCUCGCUCUCCGCUCUCCCCUUGGCAAGAACACCGUCCUGAUCCGCGGUCGCCGCAACACCCGCGAGGCCGUCAAGCACUUUGGUGCCGCCGGUGUCCCUGGCUCCCACGUCAAGCCCUACGUCCGAUCCAAGGGACGAAAGUUCGAGCGCGCUCGUGGCCGCAGAUCUUCUCGUGGCUACCGCAACUAAGUGCCAAAUACAGACUCAUUAUGUGAAAAGGACGAUUCCUGGUGGUUUUGACCAAAUACACUGGGGAUGGAUCAUAUCCGUCUAUAUGCAUUUGGAGCUGGCAUUUUUAUUGUCGAUGGUUCAAUAAAGCUCUCGGUUCAACAAGAA